AUGGGUUUCCUGAAACUGAUUGAGAUCGAGAACUUUAAGUCGUACAAGGGUCGGCAGAUUAUCGGACCGUUUCAGAGGUUCACCGCCAUCAUUGGACCCAAUGGCUCUGGUAAGUCAAAUCUCAUGGAUGCGAUCAGCUUUGUAUUGGGUGAGAAAACCAGCAACCUGCGAGUAAAGACCCUGAGGGACCUGAUCCAUGGAGCUCCUGUGGGCAAGCCAGCUGCCAAUCGGGCCUUUGUCAGCAUGGUCUACUCUGAGGAGGGUGCUGAGGACCGCACCUUUGCCCGUGUCAUUGUUGGGGGUUCUUCUGAGUACAAGAUCAACAACAAAGUGGUUCAGCUACAUGAGUACAGUGAGGAAUUAGAGAAGUUGGGCAUUCUCAUCAAAGCUCGUAACUUCCUCGUCUUCCAGGGUGCUGUGGAAUCUAUUGCCAUGAAGAAUCCCAAAGAGAGGACAGCUCUAUUUGAAGAGAUAAGUCGCUCUGGGGAGCUGGCCCAGGAGUAUGACAAGCGAAAGAAGGAAAUGGUGAAGGCUGAAGAGGACACACAGUUUAAUUACCAUCGCAAAAAAAACAUUGCGGCUGAACGCAAGGAAGCCAAACAGGAGAAAGAAGAGGCCGACCGCUACCAGCGCCUGAAGGAUGAGGUGGUGCGAGCUCAGGUGCAGCUGCAGCUCUUUAAGCUUUAUCAUAAUGAAGUGGAGAUUGAGAAGCUCAAUAAGGAACUGGCCUCUAAGAACAAGGAGAUUGAGAAGGACAAGAAGCGUAUGGACAAGGUAGAGGAUGAGCUGAAGGAGAAGAAGAAGGAGCUGGGCAAAAUGAUGCGGGAGCAGCAGCAGAUUGAGAAGGAGAUCAAGGAGAAGGACUCAGAGCUGAACCAGAAGCGACCUCAAUACAUCAAAGCCAAGGAGAAUACCUCCCACAAAAUCAAGAAGCUGGAAGCAGCCAAGAAGUCCCUACAGAAUGCUCAGAAACAUUACAAGAAGCGUAAAGGUGACAUGGAUGAGCUGGAAAAGGAGAUGCUGUCAGUAGAGAAAGCCCGGCAGGAGUUUGAGGAACGGAUGGAAGAGGAGAGUCAGAGUCAGGGCAGAGACUUAACCUUGGAGGAGAAUCAGGUGAAGAAAUACCACCGGUUGAAAGAAGAAGCCAGCAAGAGAGCGGCUACGUUGGCCCAGGAGCUGGAGAAGUUCAAUCGAGAUCAGAAAGCCGACCAGGACCGGCUGGAUCUGGAAGAGCGGAAGAAAGUAGAGACAGAGGCCAAGAUCAAGCAAAAGCUGCGGGAGAUUGAAGAGAAUCAGAAACGGAUUGAGAAACUAGAGGAAUACAUUACCACUAGCAAGCAGUCCCUAGAGGAGCAGAAGAAGUUAGAGGGGGAGCUGACAGAGGAGGUGGAGAUGGCCAAACGGCGUAUUGAUGAGAUCAAUAAGGAGCUGAACCAGGUGAUGGAGCAGCUAGGUGAUGCCCGUAUUGACCGCCAGGAGAGCAGCCGCCAACAGCGAAAGGCAGAGAUUAUGGAAAGCAUCAAGCGCUUGUACCCUGGCUCUGUGUAUGGACGCCUCAUUGACCUCUGUCAGCCCACACAAAAGAAGUACCAGAUUGCCGUGACCAAGGUUUUGGGCAAGAACAUGGAUGCCAUUAUCGUGGACUCUGAGAAGACAGGCCGGGACUGUAUUCAGUAUAUCAAGGAACAGCGUGGGGAGCCUGAGACCUUCUUGCCUCUUGACUACCUGGAGGUGAAACCUACAGAUGAGAAGCUCCGGGAACUGAAGGGGGCCAAGCUGGUGAUUGACGUAAUUCGCUAUGAGCCACCCCACAUCAAAAAGGCCCUGCAAUAUGCUUGUGGCAACGCCCUUGUGUGUGACAAUGUGGAGGAUGCCCGCCGCAUUGCCUUUGGCGGCCAUCAGCGUCACAAGACGGUGGCACUGGAUGGGACCCUGUUCCAGAAGUCAGGGGUGAUCUCUGGUGGAGCCAGUGACUUGAAAGCCAAGGCUCGGCGCUGGGAUGAGAAAGCGGUAGAUAAGUUGAAAGAGAAGAAGGAGCGGUUGACAGAGGAGCUGAAAGAGCAGAUGAAGGCAAAGCGGAAAGAGGCAGAGCUACGUCAGGUACAGUCUCAGGCCCAUGGACUACAGAUGCGGCUCAAGUACUCGCAGAGUGACCUGGAACAGACUAAGACAAGACAUCUAGCCCUGAAUCUGCAGGAAAAGUCCAAGCUGGAGAGUGAGCUAGCCAACUUUGGGCCUCGCAUUAAUGAUAUCAAGAGGAUCAUCCAGAGCCGAGAGAGGGAAAUGAAAGACUUGAAGGAGAAGAUGAACCAGGUGGAGGAUGAGGUGUUUGAAGAGUUUUGUCGGGAGAUUGGUGUGCGCAACAUCCGAGAGUUUGAGGAAGAGAAGGUGAAGCGGCAGAACGAAAUUGCCAAGAAGCGUUUGGAGUUUGAGAAUCAGAAGACUCGCUUGGGCAUCCAGUUGGAUUUUGAAAAGAACCAACUGAAAGAGGACCAGGAUAAAGUGCACAUGUGGGAGCAGACAGUGAAAAAGGAUGAAAAUGAGAUAGAAAAGCUCAAGAAGGAGGAGCAAAGACACAUGAAGAUCAUAGAUGAGACCAUGGCCCAGCUACAAGACCUGAAGAAUCAGCACCUGGCCAAGAAGUCGGAGGUGAAUGAUAAGAAUCAUGAGAUGGAGGAGAUUCGUAAGAAACUGGGGGGCGCCAACAAGGAAAUGACCCACUUACAGAAGGAGGUAACAGCCAUUGAGACCAAGCUUGAACAGAAACGCAGUGACCGCCACAACCUGCUACAGGCCUGCAAGAUGCAGGACAUCAAGUUGCCACUGUCUAAAGGCACUAUGGACGACAUUAGUCAGGAAGAGGGUAGCUCCCAGGGGGAGGAUUCAGUGAGUGGUUCUCAGCGAACUUCCAGUAUCUAUGCACGAGAGGCCCUCAUCGAGAUUGACUACGGUGACCUGUGUGAGGAUCUGAAGGAUGCCCAGGCCGAGGAGGAGAUCAAACAGGAGAUGAAUACACUGCAGCAGAAGCUCAAUGAGCAGCAGAGUGUACUCCAGCGUAUUGCUGCCCCUAACAUGAAAGCCAUGGAAAAGCUGGAAAGUGUCCGAGACAAGUUCCAGGAGACCUCAGAUGAAUUUGAGGCAGCCCGAAAGCGAGCCAAGAAAGCCAAGCAGGCAUUCGAACAGAUCAAGAAGGAGCGCUUUGACCGCUUCAAUGCUUGUUUUGAAUCCGUGGCCACCAACAUUGAUGAGAUCUACAAGGCCCUAUCCCGCAACAGCAGUGCCCAGGCAUUCCUGGGCCCUGAGAACCCUGAGGAGCCCUACUUGGACGGCAUCAACUACAAUUGCGUGGCUCCUGGCAAACGCUUCCGGCCAAUGGACAACUUGUCAGGGGGGGAGAAAACAGUGGCAGCUCUGGCCUUGCUCUUUGCCAUCCACAGCUACAAGCCAGCCCCCUUCUUCGUCCUGGAUGAGAUCGAUGCUGCCUUGGAUAACACCAACAUUGGCAAGGUGGCAAAUUACAUCAAGGAGCAGUCGACUUGCAACUUCCAGGCCAUCGUCAUCUCUCUCAAGGAGGAGUUCUACACCAAGGCUGAGAGCCUCAUUGGAGUCUACCCCGAGCAAGGGGACUGUGUGAUCAGCAAAGUCCUGACCUUCGACCUCACCAAGUACCCAGAUGCCAACCCCAACCCCAAUGAGCAGUAG